AUGGCCGGGAGCAGUGAAGCGGCGCCAGGCCACGGGCGAGGCGUAGUGAUUAUGGACGAUUGGCCAGGGUAUGACUUGAAUUUAUUUACAUACCCACAGCACUAUUAUGGAGAUUUGGAAUAUGUCCUCAUACCUCAUGGCAUCAUUGUGGAUCGAUGGAUUCCUUGCAGUGGAAUUCUGAGUUUUAUGGAUAUUAUUGAAGAUGUAGGAUGCUGUGAACCUAGGAUCGUGUGUGUGCUUAAAGGAGGUUACAGGUUUUGUGCGGAUCUUAUAGAACACAGUCAAAGUUCAGAUAGCUAUGUCUCUAUGAAGGUUGAUUUCAUCAGACUAAAACGUUACAGGAACGACCAGUUCAUGGGCGAGAUGCAGAUGAUUGGAGGCUAUGGUCUUUCAAUACUGGCAGGAAAGAAUGUCCUCAUUGUUGAGGAUGUUUUUGGAAUGGGAACCGUGAAAGCGCUGCUCGGUAGCAUAGAAAAACACAAGCCCAACAUGAUUCAGGUGGCCAGUUUGUUGGUGAAGAGGACACCUAGAAGUUGUGGCUUUAGACCUGACUAUACUGGAUUUGAGAUUCCAAACUUAUUUGUGGUGGGUUAUGCCUUAGAUUACAAUGAAUACCUCAGAGAUCUGAAU